CGCAGCCCCGUGAUGACGUCAUCCCGUUCGUUCCCAUGUUUUGGCGGCGUGUUGCAGCCACAGAAGGCUGUCUGCACACUCAGCUCCAUCCUGGGGUUUUAAAUGCACCUCUGACUUCACUACCCUUUUUGACAACCUUAUUACCCUCGUCUUCCAUUAGAUUGAGGAGACGAAGCUGGUGUGAAUAUCUGUCCCCUAGUAACUAGAUUUCUUCUACAAAAGGCAUCUGGGAAUAAUUUUGGAUCCAGUUCCUGGGUUACUGCUUCGAUCACAAAAUAUUCUUUUACUGCUACUGUCGUGGUGUAACUUUCAAGUCAAGUGAACCUCGUCUACCAGGACUGACUGAUCCGAACAUCAGUUGUCAACAUGGAGAGCAACUACAUCAGUCACAGUUAUGUCUGGCAGCGUCGCAUCCAGCACGGGAUCAGGUAUCAGAAAGGUCCAAUUCCCUUCCCACAGUCGGUGGAAAUCGGUUUGGACUUCAACGCAGCGUUUGAAAGGACAGAAAAGCUAGAUCGUUGUCUGCUGACCAAUGGUGUCAUGCUGGAGAUUUGUGAAUUUGCCAAAACGGUGAAUAAGUCUGAAAUGUAUUUCUUGUUUGAGAUGCUAGACUUCAACUUUGACCUUGGUUUGGACCCUCACAACAGGAGGCAGCACUUCAACUACGCAGCACGAAUUCACAAUAGAGUAAAGUUCUUAAAGGAACAAAUGAAGCCUAAGACUCAAAGGUAUCAAGAGAUCUUCAUCUUACCAGGCCCAGUGGAGCCUACAGAAUUAGUAAAGUGCUACAGCCCUAAAUGGAGUGAAAUGGAUAUUUCAGUCCUCACUAAAGACAGUAGCAGUCAGUCUUCAGCAACUCAGCAGGCAGACGGUGCAUUCAUGAUAAAGAAGCCAGGGGGAAUCGAAUUAAAGCUAAUGACUGAUGCCUACCCGAACUGUCUAACUAAUGGUGUCACUCUGGUGAUUCCACCAAAGGACACACCCAGGCAGAAACUUGACCCAAAUCUGCUAACCAUUGGUGUGAUGGUUGAACUGUUAGACUUUUCCAAGCUACUAUCUGGAACGCAAAAUCAAAUUAUCCGGGAUUUGGUCAAACAAAACUUUGGUCAUACGUUUGAAACGUUAUUCUUUCGCCUGCACAUUUCCAAACUCAUGGAGAGAAAACAUACCUGCCUUACGCCUGAGAGCAAGGCUGCUUUCCUGAAGGAGACCUUUCAGAUCCCAAAGCACUCCAAACGGCAGUGUAAAAAAAGAAAAAUACUUGAUGUUGAUUUUGAAGAUUUACCGAUUACCACUAAGAGACGAUCAACACUGAGGCAGUUGGACUGUGAAACUCCAGAAUUCUGGGAGCAUAGUAACCUGUCAUACAUGUGUCCAGUUGAUUUUGAGACGAAUACUGAAGGUUUAUCAAAUGUAGAAGAGCGGCUGGAAGAGACAGUAGAGGUCAAACAGGAAGAUGAGGAGAGUUGUCUGUCUCCUGUGUCACUUCACACAAGUGGCCAGUUUAACCGCUGUUCAACCAAAGCAGCCUAUCAAAAUAUCACAAGUAUGUUUUCUGAAGAUGCACAUGACAACACAAAUGUGAAACACCAAAGCAUAAGCUAUGGAUGAGACGUGCUGCUCGUACAAAGCAGAUCUUAAUGUCUAGCAAAGUGAAUGACAUGUAUCCCCGCUGCAGAGACAUCGGUUUAGACUUUAAUAUAGGCUCAGGAAGAAAGCAGACCUUGGAUCUACAAUUGCUUACCAACUCAACUCUGUUUGAAGUGAAUAAAUUUGCAACUGCAAUGACAAAAAGUUUAGGAAAUUUCUUCUUAAGCCUUCUUGAAAACAACUUUGGCCUUGUCUUCCAGGAUGAGUUGCAUCAGCGCAAUUUUCUCUUUUACAUGAUCACAAAAGAAAAGCUCCUACAGAACCAUUCUUGUAGAGGAAAAGCUGAGUUUCUCAACAAGUGUAUUCAGUUCCCAGAAGUGUACAAUAUGGUGGAUGUGACCAGUGAUCUACAAAGUGGAUGGAGUGUUCAGCCAGAGCCAGAUCCAGCAGUGCCAGAUGAAAAUCAGCAGACAGAUCCAAAGUCAUACCCAUACUGCAGCAAAAUAGGGAUAAACAUUUGGGCGGUAGAACCACGUCCAGCAAGCGAAAAGCUUGAUUUGAUGGUCCUGACCAACGGCGCGGUCAUGGAAAUGAUCUCUUUUGUGAGAGAACUGUGCGGGACAGCUCGCGAAAUUGUCAAUGAUAUCCUCGAACACAAUUUUAACAUUAAUUUGCAGGAUUGUUCAACAGAGGCGUCAAAGGCCAUCCAGAGGUGGUACUUAACACAGAAGCACGGGAUGAAAAAGGCAAUUGGAUCAGCACGGAUUAGCAAGUGGUCAGACACACUUGUUAUUCCCAGCACUGUUCCACAGCUCAUUCCAACGAAAACUGAAGACGGACCAGAGGAUUUGGAUACAGGUCCAUCAGUGCAAGCCAGAGAAGUGCCAGUUGUCAAUGGUAACACACAUCAAGAGCCAGAGGUUGUAUGCAGCUAUGAUGUCUGCCAGCAUAUUGGACUGGACCUCGACAUCCAUUCUAAACCAGAUGUGAAAGAAAAACUGGAUUUGCAUGUCCUGACAAGAGCAGCUCUUUUUGAGAUACACCAUUACGUAGAGAGCAACUGCAACCGCUAUGUGCCAGCUCUCUAUGAGAUUCUGGAGUAUAACUUUGAUCUGAGCUCACAAAACCAUCAGAAGGUGCAGUUCGCUUGGUCAAUCGCAUCACAGGUGUUAGCCAUGGUGGGCAAAAAUAGAAGGAAGGGAGAUUACAUGAAGAAAGUGUUUGAGCUGCCUUUUGUGUCUUCUAAGGCUUCAGUGGUCACCUGCAAAGAGGAGCCAGAUGACAGUUACAGCGAGCUGCACCGUAACAGCGAUGACAACGAGGUGGAAUUUGUCCAACAAUUAAAGCCCGUUGACAUAGAAGUAGAGGUGGAGUAAUCUGCAGGGCAUUGACUUUACAGCAUAUGUGGACAUCAUCAUCAGUAUAUGUGCCAUCACGCUAAGGAUCUGAUGCAUUGAUUUUUGUUUUGGUUUUUUUUUUUCUCAUUGAGCUCCUACAAGAAGUAUUCAAGUUCAUUCCAUAUAUAAGCAGUCAUGUAUUUGACAAGUUUCAAUCAGUAGGUUUCUACGGCUUAUCAACUUAUUCGCUGCCAUCUGAAAAUACUUAGAAAUCAAAACGAAUCAGUGUUAACUGUACAUACUGAACUGCAGAAUCAGAAAUAAUUAAGGAAAAACGUCUUAGCAAGAACGACAGCAAUUAGAUUAAACUAUAAUACUUUGUCUGCUUGUGCUGAAUCACAUUUGAAUAGGAGUGGGUCAUAUUGUAAUGCAUCAGUAGAAGCUGUAUGUCCACCAGAUCACUGGUAAUAAAUGGUGAUGUGAAGUACAUCUGCCUCCGAUGGAUAUUCAUGUAGUAAGUGUUGUAGGACUCUGAUUACAGUCGGCAGAACAUGGUAAAGAAUCUAAUACAGGUCAGAUGCACCUGCACUUUGUCACUGUUUUUCUUAAUAUUCUUUUCAGUAUAAUUUGAGUCAGUACAUUAUUCAGUUUUGAUGCAACUUUAGAGACAUUUUUUCAAUUUAUGAUUCCUCAGUUUUGGUUUAGAAAAAUAACAUCAUGACAAUGAUCUAAACUGUUCCUGUCUUAAGGUUGUGUGCUUCUACUGGGUAGAUGAGCCAACUGUAACAGAAAUUUGUUUGGUUAAAUGUUCCUGAACUCAUGUGGUUAGAUUAACGGACACUGAAAUUUGAAAGAUCAGUUCUUGACAAAUAUGAUUCAAGUAAUUUUGGCCAACUUGCUAUUUGCUAAAAAUGUUACAAUGCAUGUGUUGAGAAAAUAUAUUUUCACAGAUUGGACAUAUUUGUAUUUUAAAGUUUUUGCCCUAUUUUUAAUUUUUUUUUAACUCAAGACAAAGUUUCAUUUGCUUUUAAUUUAGCUUCAUUGAAGUGCUGAACACUGUUCACUGAUGGUUCAGAGAAAACAAAUGUACAUUAAGGUGUGUUGAUGGUUUUACGUCUCAUUUCAGACUGUAUAAAUAUUCUGUACACAAAUGACAUGUGCUAUGCAUUCCCUGAAGCCCAGUAAUGUAUUGAACGCACGUAUUUUCCUUUGUUAUUUCAGUAAUUUGCAAAGAUCAUUAAAGUCCCAGAGCAACAAAGAACUCGUGUCUCAGUCCAGUUUUAAUGAACAUACAGGGUUCCCACAAUCAUAACAAACCUGGAAAAGUCAUUAAAUUAGGUGAGAGCUUAGAUUUUAGUGAAAUUAAAACAAUGAGAGAACAAAUACCACAUUUUGACACAGACUUAAGAAACUGUGAGGAUGGUGUC